AUCGCGCGGCGACUGUCCGCACUCUCAGUCUCGAGCCCGAUUCGCGGAGUUAUCGUUUCUCUCUCUUGGCCCCCGGAGUCAGCGAGCCCAAAAUUUCCCGAGUGUGCGAAGCAGCGGCAGCGUGAAUCGGACAGCAAGCGGCAGGAAGCGACGAUCGCCGUCCGUUUAUUAUCAAGACUCGUCUCUGUCGCGUCUACUCGCGGCACGCAUUCGUCGCGUAUCGCAAACGCGCGCGCUAAAUAAACGGCCGGACUCACGUACGGCCAGUCACUCACACGGACCGGAGAGGAGGGCGAGCCCCGUUGUAUCGUGCGAUCCGCUGGAGACGGUGUCAACGAGAAAAGACAAAAUGUCGGACCGAAAGGCAGUAAUCAAGAAUGCUGAUAUGUCAGAGGAGAUGCAGCAAGAUGCUGUGGACUGCGCUACUCAAGCUCUUGAAAAAUAUAAUAUAGAAAAGGACAUUGCGGCGUUUAUCAAGAAAGAAUUCGAUAAGAAGUACAAUCCAACGUGGCAUUGCAUUGUAGGACGUAAUUUCGGUAGCUACGUGACGCACGAAACAAGACAUUUUAUCUAUUUCUACCUUGGUCAGGUAGCCAUUCUCCUCUUUAAGAGCGGAUAAGCUCGUUUCUCUAUCCUCCUAAAUUCCAUCCUUCCUUUUUCCUUCCUCCCUCCCUCCCUUGCUCACUACGUAAAAUACACACAUUUAAAAUCACCACCAUGUGUAAAAGGAACUUCAUUAUGCAUUAUGUAUACAUUAAAAAAAUUUAUUUUAAAAAGCAACGCAUGUGCCCGAUAAGCAAGUAAAGAGAAAUAUUAACGUUUCCAACUUGAUAUAUUGUUCGUCGUUAUGCGAAACAAAUUCUAGAGAAACACAUACCGAAGGGUAGGGAGAUAAACUGGGAAAAAAAAGAAAGAAAUGACAUACAAAUCUUACAUGUUAAAAUGUAUUUUGUAUGCCAACAAGUUUGUUGUGUUCUUGUUUUAUAUUAUUAGGUGAAUAUGCAAAAUAUGGUUGAGUUCAAUACUGGCGAUUUUAAAUUAGCAAAUUUUAGCGUAAUUGUUUAAUAUAUAGUGUUCAAAUAACACUCUAAGUGCACUGCAUAUACUUCGCGUUAGAUGGGUUCACACACGAAAUGUGCCCUGCUUUAUAUUCUACGUAAAACUGGAAAUACAUGGUAUCCGUAGCUAAUCGCCAAUAAUGAAUGUAAGCCCAACGAGAUUGAUUGUCUCUGCAAUUGUUAUUUUAUAUUACUCAGAAACCAUAGUCUCUUGCGUAUACUACAUAACUUGAUUUUGUAUUUCCUACAGCGACUGACAUUUUUGAUUAGAUUAAGAACUGUUAAAUAAUUGAAAGCAAGAAAAGAGCUCAAUCUUUCUCUCGACGUACGAUAUCAUCAUCGUACACAGACUCUUAUUAAUAACAACUUUAUUUCGAUCGAUAUAAAACUAAUAUGCUAUUGAAUAACAA